CAGCCUCAGCCGGGCGGCGCCAAGAAAGGAGCCGAGAAAGUAUGGCUGAAGAGGAGGCGCCUAAGAAGUCCUGGGCCGCCGCCGCCGUCGGCGGCGCGAGCUGGGAACUUUAUGCCGGGGCGCUCCCAGCUGGACCGGUGGUGGAAGGGAGCGGAGAUGCGGAGAGCCACCGCCGCCGCCCCCCAGCUGACUCCGGGCGCUUGGCGCGCCGGCUCCUGCUACUGCUUUGGCUGCUGGAGGUUCCGCUGCUGCUGGGGGUCCGGGCGCAGGCAGUGGGCCAGGGGCCCGGGCCGGGGCAGCAGCCCCCACCGCCGCCGCCUCAGCAGCAGCAGGGCGGGCAACAGUACAACGGCGAGCGGGGCAUCUCUAUCCCGGACCACGGCUACUGCCAGCCCAUCUCCAUCCCGCUGUGCACAGACAUCGCGUACAACCAGACCAUCAUGCCCAACCUUUUGGGCCACACGAACCAAGAGGAUGCGGGCCUCGAGGUGCACCAGUUCUACCCCUUGGUGAAGGUGCAGUGCUCGGCGGAACUCAAGUUCUUCUUGUGCUCUAUGUACGCGCCAGUGUGCACGGUGCUGGAGCAGGCUCUGCCGCCCUGCCGCUCCCUGUGCGAGCGUGCGCGCCAGGGCUGCGAGGCGCUCAUGAACAAGUUCGGCUUCCAGUGGCCUGACACGCUCAAGUGUGAGAAGUUCCCGGUGCACGGCGCCGGCGAGCUGUGCGUGGGCCAAAAUACGUCGGACAAGGGCACCCCGACGCCCUCGUUGCUCCCGGAGUUCUGGACCAGCAACCCUCAGCACGGCGGCGGGGGGCACCGUGGCGGCGGCUUCCCGGGGGGCUCCGGCGCGUCGGAGCGUGGCAAGUUCUCUUGCCCGCGCGCCCUCAAGGUGCCCUCCUACCUCAACUACCACUUCCUGGGGGAGAAGGACUGCGGUGCGCCCUGUGAGCCGACCAAGGUGUACGGGCUUAUGUACUUUGGGCCCGAGGAGCUGCGCUUCUCGCGCACCUGGAUCGGCAUCUGGUCGGUGCUGUGCUGCGCCUCCACGCUUUUCACGGUGCUAACGUACCUGGUGGACAUGCGGCGCUUCAGCUACCCGGAGCGGCCCAUCAUCUUCCUGUCCGGCUGCUACACGGCAGUGGCCGUGGCCUACAUCGCCGGCUUCCUGCUGGAGGACCGAGUGGUGUGUAACGACAAGUUCUCCGAGGACGGGGCACGCACAGUGGCGCAGGGCACCAAGAAGGAGGGCUGCACCAUCCUCUUCAUGAUGCUUUACUUCUUCAGCAUGGCCAGCUCCAUCUGGUGGGUGAUCCUGUCGCUCACCUGGUUCCUGGCAGCGGGCAUGAAGUGGGGUCACGAAGCCAUCGAGGCUAACUCGCAAUAUUUUCACCUGGCCGCCUGGGCCGUUCCGGCCAUCAAGACCAUCACCAUCCUGGCGCUGGGCCAGGUGGACGGCGAUGUGCUGAGCGGGGUGUGCUUCGUAGGGCUCAACAAUGUGGACGCGCUGCGCGGCUUCGUGCUGGCGCCACUCUUCGUGUAUCUGUUCAUCGGCACGUCUUUUUUGUUGGCCGGCUUCGUGUCCCUCUUCCGCAUUCGCACCAUCAUGAAGCACGACGGCACCAAGACCGAGAAGCUGGAGAAGCUCAUGGUGCGCAUCGGCGUUUUCAGCGUGCUUUACACGGUGCCAGCCACUAUUGUCAUCGCCUGCUACUUCUAUGAGCAGGCCUUCCGGGACCAGUGGGAGCGCAGCUGGGUGGCCCAGAGCUGCAAGAGCUACGCCAUCCCCUGCCCCCACCUCCAGGCGGGUGGAGGCGCCCCGCCGCACCCGCCCAUGAGCCCAGACUUCACAGUCUUCAUGAUCAAGUACCUUAUGACGCUGAUCGUGGGCAUCACGUCAGGCUUCUGGAUCUGGUCCGGCAAGACCCUCAACUCCUGGAGGAAGUUCUAUACCAGGCUCACCAACAGCAAACAGGGGGAGACCACCGUCUGAGACCUGGGGGUUCAGCCCAUUCCCAGCCGUCGGCUUCGUCCCAGCCACUCCCAUAAAGCUGGCCCCAUGGAACUCUUGCCAAGCCUGGCUACUCGAGGCUUUCUCACUAGCCAUUCACUUUUCGCAGGCUCCUUUCAACAACACAGCUCCUGCAAAAGCUUUGGUCCCUUGGGGCAAGCGGACUGGAGGGCCCAACUGCCACAGGGGGGACGGACAGACCACUCUGGUUCUCACUCUCUGGUACCAGGACUGUAUGCUUUUAUGAUUGUAAAUAGCCUGUGUAAGAUUUUUGUAAGUAUAUUUGUAUUUAAAUGAUGACCGGUCACGCGUUUUCCUUUUUCUGCCUUUUCCUUUUUUGUUGUUUUGUUUUGUUUAAGUUUUAAUUAUUUAGGGCGGUUUACCCAUUUGAGGCUUUCCUUUGCCUUUUCAAAGUACUGCAGAGGUAAAACCGGAGCUCACGGUGCUCUUGCUUGUUCUGGCACGCCCCUCCUUGCGGCAGUCGGGGUGCGUGUGGGGCUGCCUGUGGGGCUGCGCGGCCCAGGUCACUUACCGCCUCCGCUUUCUGCUCCUUCCUUUCCUUCAUUGCUUGGGGUCGGGGCUCUUUAGAUAUAGAACUCCACAGAGCUUCCAGAUCCGGGGGUAGACCCCUGCCCAUCCCGAGUGUGCCCUUGUGAGGUGGGGAGGGGGGGGGCGCAGAUUGUGAAGGCCUUGCCCCUUUAUUGAAACUGAAUUUUUCACUGUAGAGAACCUUAACUCCUAGCUUCAAGGAGGUCCACAGAUGUGGGCUGCGGCAGUCCCAGCCUCCUUCCACACUGGCCUCCAAAGCCCAGGCAUUCCCUCCUACCUAAGUUGGUUAGAGGGUGAGUGGGAUAACCAGUGCCAAACUUUUUCAAGUCUAAUUUUUGGUGGAUGAGCUCAUUUCAUUCUCUAGUGUCUAAAACCUGGUAUGGGUUUGGCCAGCAUCAUGGAAAGAUGUGGUUGCUGAGAUUUGGGAAGAGGCUUGGAGCUUUGUGUGGGUCAGGAGAGACUGAAGAUGGGGUUUAUAAAAUGUUAAUUCUAAUUGCAUACUGAUGCCUGGCAAAUUGCCUCUAGGACUGAGACAGCCCGCAUUUAGAUUUUACCUUUCUGUAAAAUGGAAACAUUAGGUCACCUGCAAAGCUUUGUUAAGGAGUUGAUCUUUGCUUUCCUUAACUGGAUAGCAGAACGUAAGCUGAAUAGGAACACUUGAAGGAGAUUUCAGUGUAAUGGACUUUCUCAAAAUGAAGUGCUUUUUAUUAUUUUUAAAUAAUAAUUAGACAUAUAUAAAAAAGUUUAAAAUGUAAAAGUUGUAUACUUUCAACAUAUUAUUAUGAUUAUUCAGCAACACAGUCUGAGGGAGGAACAAUCCACAUCAUUAAAAAUAACCUUGUAGGAUUCCAGGAGGUAAAGGAGGUGGAAUAAUUGGUGGGGUUAGAUCCUGAAAUAAACAAAACAUGGGCAUGCAUGGUAAAGGGACAGUGUGUGCUCCUUUUUGGAUUUACAGAAAUGCGUCAAAUGUAAAUCUUUCAAAGCCAUUUAAUAAUAUUCACUUUAGUUCUCUGUGGAAAAGAGGAGAAAAGCAAGCCUCCUGAUUGUAUUGUUUUAAAUUUUAAGAGUUUAUCUAAAUGCCAGUACUUAGGACCUAAAUUUAUCUAUGUCUGUCGUACCCUAAAAUGACAAUGGUCUUUGGAUUUGGUAUGCAUUUAUUCUGUUCACUAUCACAAAAUCAUCUAUAUUUAUAGAGGAAUAGAAGUUUAUAUAUAUAUAUAAAAUACCAUAUUUUUAAUUUCACAAAUAAAAAAAUCAAAGUUUUGUACAAAAUUAUAUGGUUUUUGUGCCUGAAAAUAACAGAACUGGAACUGUCUGAACUAUCUUUACAUUUUAUAGUGUCUCAUAGCCAGUCCCAAAGUAUAUAAAUUCAGGAAUUCAAUGAAAAAGUCUAUCCUUAAACAUUCAGACGAGCCCUUCCAAAGAUGUAUCCUACUUGCAAUGUUGCAACUGACAUUGCCAAGUUCCUAGACAUCAUCUGCUUUCAUGAUAGUAACAAUAUAAAAUAGAAGUUUCCAAAUUAUUUCUUUACUGAGAGGAUUAUUAAAAAGAGAACUCUAAUUUUAAUAUUAAAGUCUUUUUUUUCUUUCAAGGGGUAAAUUUACAUGACUUUUUAUCAUAUGGAAGUUUAUUUAAAUCAUCAGGCAUCACCUUGGUCAUGAUUUUUUUUGAGGUAUUAUCUUUUUCAUAAUCUUGGAUAUUCCAAAACCAUAGAUAGGCAAUCAAUAAAUGGUUAACUGAC